AUGCUCUUCUUUGUGCCAGAGGCAACCCUCGAAGACUGGUCGCACACUCUCAAACUGACAUUCCCAGACGGUGAGGACGACGUCGUCACUGAGGAGGAGGUCUUCGACUACUUCACAACAGACGAGUACAAGCCAGAGGCCGUCAUUGUCGGUCAUCAGAUGCCGCAUGAAGAGGUCAAGCAUGCCUACGUGCACUUCAGCAACAACGCCGAUGCCAAGAAAGCUAGGAAGGAGAAGGAUGGCGGUGCCAUUGGCAAGGCUUCUGAAGUAAAGCUUGUCUACACCGACGAGAAGAAGUGGAUCCGCUUAAGGGAUGGCGUGAGCCUGGCUGGUGGGUUCUGGGGCCCACGUGCAAGAUGGAUGAAGGCUUAUGGCACCGAAGCGUACAAGGGCUGGAGAGGGAUCGAAAAACCUUUGCCUCCUGGCGCACGCCGCCACUGGUACUACCCGGAAGAUUGA